AAAUUUCGGCGCCAUUUGAAAUCACAUCUACUCGAAAGAAUGGAGCAAGUAGAUCAAAAUCCACGAACUUCUAAGCAAUCGAAAAAUGAAUAUCAAGAAGCUGAAGAAAGAAUGGUACAAUUUAUUCAAAUGAUACCGGUUGACAAUGAAUUGGCUCUACCAUCAACAUCCACGCAGACUGCCACCAUGCACUUGCAGAAUUCUCUAAGCAGUUUGGAUCGUCUAGCUAUCAAUUUCGUCAUCGAUCUACACAGGAAAAGAAACUUCAAUCGCAAGGAUGUAACAGAUAUUUUGAAAGACGUACAUUCCGUGUAUUCAAAUAUAGGACGGCUAAUCAGUACAGCAGCACCAACAUCACAGGAUGUACAACAACAAUAUGUAUUUGAUAUGUAUGUGCGAAAAGUAUCAAAUAUUUUCGAAUUUAUUGAUACUGAACAUAAAUUAUUCAAGUAUUUAGAAGAAGCUGAUCUGUACAAGAAACCUAAUGUUUAUGUUAUCCAUAUCGAUAAAGUAGAGUUAUACAGUGAUAGAAAUGUAGAAACUCCUGAAAAAAGAACGUAUUUGACCAUGAGUAAUGUAAAAUAUCAAAUAAGAAAAUUUUUUGAGCUAGGAAAUGUUCUUAAAAAAACAUUAGAACAUAUGGAAAACCUACAAAAAUCUGCGAGACUCGAAAAUUUUGUUAAUGGGGCAUUGUUUAAAACUGUUGAAGCUAAAUGUCCUGAGAAAAUCAUCAUUCCAAUAUUUUUUUAUAGUGAUGAAUUCGAGAUAAACGAUCCACUUAGCGCUCAUAAUAAAAGGUGGACCGUUUGUUCCCUUGAACGAUCCGGUUUGGAAAUUUGCUAUAACUUUGUUAAAACUGCUUGA